CUUUCCGUUCGGCGCGCGUCCCGUCAUGGCGGCGCCCCGAAGAGCCGCCGAGCCGCCCGCCGGGGCCCUGUGCGGGGACUACGUGGUGGGGCAGGUGGUCGGCAGCCUCUUCUCGGGCGGGGCGGCGGCGGCGCGGCCUCUGGCGGGUCUGUUCCGUGCCGCCGCCCCGCCGCCCGUGUUGGUGGCCGUGCCCAGGGAAAAGAAAAGAAAGCGUACAGAAGCGGAGGUGUCAGAGGGACAGAGCUCAGCUGUCAGAGAAGAACCUCCUAAGAAAGUGAAGAAAACCAGAAAGAAGGAGCUUUCAAAAGCAGAGGAGAAGCUGGCAAGCAGGGAGAGUGCAUUAGAACAGGCAGAUGAAGACGAAGAGCAAAAACUGCUUCAGAGCAAAGCGAAGCAAAAAAAACGGGCUUCUCACGCCGUCACCAAGAGUGGUGGUAAUUCAGGUGCAGGCAGAGCUGUGAAACAAGAGAAGAAAAAGAAUGAGGCUGAAGAAAUGAUUAAGAACAAAAGAACGGUGUUUGUUGGAAAUCUACCUGUCGACUGUACUGCUCAGAUGCUGAAGUCUCUUUUUAAAGAAUAUGGACAAAUAGAAUCCAUUCGAUUCCGUUCCGUGGUUCCAGCAGAAGAUACUCUAUCCAGAAAGUUAGCAGCCAUAAAGCGUAAGAUCCAUCCUAACGUGAAGUACAUUAAUGCUUAUGUUGUAUUUAAAGAAGAACGUGAUGCUGUUAAGGCUCUAAAAAAAAAUGGAACAGAAGUUGCUAGUGGAUUUCACAUCAGAGUCGACAGCGCAUCAAAAAACAGUUUGCAUGACAACAAGCGAUCUGUAUUCCUGGGAAAUCUCGCGUAUGACAUCAGCGACAGCGCCGUGCGGGAGCACUUUGCUGACUGCGGAGAUGUCGUGGCGGUGCGAAUUGUGCGCGACAGGCAGAGCGGCAUGGGCAAAGGCUUUGGCUACGUUCUGUUUGAGAAUACGGAUGCUGUACACCUCGCUCUGAAGCUCAACAACUCUGACCUGAUGGGACGGAAGCUCCGCGUGAAACGCUGCGUGGAGAAGGGCAAAGCCCCACAGAGGAGUACCACGAGUCGGCCUCGUGGCCCUAUGGACAGAGCUCAGAGCACGCUGAGAAACAGGAGAGGCUCUCACGAUUCAUUUGUUGGCGAAAAAGCAAAUCCAGCCAAAAAGAGCGCUAAGCCCAAAAGACUGAAAAGUAUUACUAAAAAGAAAGGUGGGAAAAACAAAUAGCCUUUUGAACAGCUAACCCGUUUAUGUAAAAAAAUAAUAAUAAUAAUAAAAAAAUUGGCUCUUUUUAAUAAAACUGAUGAAUACAA